GGAAGCAUGGAUUUAAAACAUAUGCAAGGAAUAUUAAGUUCCUGGAAUACAUUUGUUUGUGAUAUGUAUGUGUUGAAUAUCUGGAUUAGAAUUUACAGCGACUAUUUCAUCGAGAGACAACCAGCCAGAGCUGCAUUUCAGGUUGGUGCCCUACCUAAGAAUGGAUGUGUAGAAAUAGAAGUGAUUGCUCUUGUCGGGGCUGUUGACGUAGGAUCAGUGUUUGUAAACAACACUCGGUUAUAAAAUCAACAAUAGACACAACACAGUGUAGAAUAUUGUAAAGAACAAGAUUGUUAUCCAUGAAGGUUAAAAAUUGUUAAUUUUUUCUUAUACACUGCUUUAUAUACAUACCUUUUUUAUUAGGGAAACAACACUUUUAUUCUUAUUAUCACUGUGUGUUAAUUAUUUGUCCUUUAUUAUCAAGAAUUGUAAUUUUGUGAUUGAUAAAAACGUGUUCGUUACAAUCAAUUUGAAAUCAAUAUUAUUCAAUAUUUAAUUUUACAAUACAUUUAAUUUUUGUACUUCAAUAUUUUUGUUACAACAAGAAGAUUAUAACUAAUAUGUGUAUAAUGAAUAAAUGUCUUUUAGAAUUA